UCUCUGGUGGUUAACGUUUGAUCAAAGUUCAGUCAGGUACAAAUGCUAACCGAGAACAGCAAAACCUCUCGUAUCCUUCAGAAAUACAUGUAGUUAUAGCCUAGUGUGCAAAAGCAGCGGAACAACCAGCGGACUCAUCCACCGUUUAGUGUCUUAUCAUGUCAGACUGGGUCAGUGUGUUGGUGCUCAUUAGCCUGUUGGUAUGUCUGGUAACUCUAGCUGCUUACAUUGUGUACUCCGGACUCCUCUCAGACAUUAUCAUAAUAACUGGCUCUCCUCCCAUAAAGAAGAUUACCUUCGCUUACAAAUUUAUAGUAGGACCCUAUAAAAACUGCGGACAGGCUUUUAUGGAAUCACAUAAUAUUGGACCAAAGCUCCAGUGUUUGGGAGUGUUUUAUGAUGAUCCUAAAGAGGUGCCAGGACCACAGUGCCGCUAUGCUGUUGGCAGUAUUCUCAGUGAAGGAGAAAACAAGGCCGAUGAGAAUCUUCUACACCGCUAUGAGGCAUCUGGAUUUAAUGUCUUUUCCUUUCCAGAAGUCACACAUGUGGUCACUACUUCCUUCCCCCAUAGGACAUAUUUAUCUAUCAUCCUUGGAGUAAAACGAGUCUACCCACGGCUAGACUGCUACAUCAAGGAAAGAAAGUUGUGUGCACACCCCUUCCUUGAGAUCUACAGAGAUGGUCAGAUCCAUUACAUGGCCCCCUUGGCACGCCAGGGCGAUUUUUACGUACCUGAGAUCCGGCCCCUGGAAAAAAGGCUGUCGGAACAAGAGGAAUCACACAGUGAUACAGGCGUCUCCGGUGCAGACUCGAACAGUGAAUACAGCUCAGGGAGUGGGAUUCUCUUGUCUGACAGCAGAGAGCCAUCCCCAGCAGCUUCCUCCGUCCACUCUUCGCCUAUAUGGGAUCAAGAGGAUAGAAACUACAGAGGGAAAAGCUCAGGGGGAGCCUCAUUUGAAGACCUGGACUGGGAGAAGGAUGGAGGCCGGCAAGAAGAAGGAGAUGGGAUGAAUAAUGUGGACUCCACCCAGAAGAGGGAGGAGGUUCCUGCUCAGGAGUGGUGGGGUGUUGUUGGAGGGGAGGAGUGAAGAUUCAGGGAGACAAAGUAGUGGAAUGAGAACAUAAAUGAUUCAAACUUCAGAGGUGUGGAGGUACAAAUGAUCACAGUGUCUUUCAUUUCAUGUUUAUGUUCAAAAGGGAAAAUUCUCAUGUUGUUUAAAGGAUAACAGUAGAGAAACAUUAUGUAGUUUUAUAUAUUUUUACUGCAGCAGAUCCCAUUUUAAGACCAAAACCAACAAAUUCAUUAAAGUUUUGAUCUGCUGCAAUAAACCUAAUUUAGAUCUGUAUUUCUUUUAUUUGAAUGAAUGAAUUGUUUAUUUUGGUUUGUACAUUAAUCAUUGCACUUAGUACAAUAAUUAUAAUAAACA